AUCUAGAAUCACAAUCAUCACAUAAUCAAAUCAACAACACAUUUAGGUUAACUUUUAUGACAAAACGUCAAGUAAAUAAUUCUGUGUCCCUAUAAUAUUUUGGUUUAUAGACAUAUAUCAUUUUAUAAACAUGGAUAUAACACUGCUUGUGGCUUUAGCAGCUAUAAUAUUUAUAGUUCUCAUAGGAUUAACUUUAAUAUUUAAAUUCAAUAAAGGGCCAGAGAAAGCUCCGGAAAGACCGAGGCCUGUGCCAAAUAGAGUAAGAGAUGGUGCACCAAGAAGAGCACAGAUUGCGAGAAAUCGAGGAACUCGAUUAAGAGCCAAUGUUGCUCAUCAGGAGGUUCAAGAAUCUGAGGACGAAAAUGAAGUUGAAAAAGAAGAUGUAGAAGUACCUGAUAAUAAAUUAGGGGCAAAAAAGAGAGCAAAAUUGGAAGCAAAAGCUGAGAAGAAAGCUGCACGUGAGGCAGAGGAGCAAUUAAGAGCAGAAAAAAAGAAAAAGGCAGAGUUGGCAGAAGAGGAAAGAAAGAAAGAAGAAGAAAAGGAAAAAGAAGAAGAAAAGAAACGUGAAGAAGAAGAAAAGAGGGCAAGAGAGGAGAAAGAACAACGUGAAUAUGAGGAAUAUUUGAAAAUGAAGGAGGCGUUCUCAAUCGAAGAAGAAGGAUUUGAAGAAGGCGAACAGGGUGAUGAGCAAAACUUAUUACAAGAAUUUGUUAACUAUAUUAAGACAAACAAAGUCGUAGUUAUAGAAGAUUUGGCUUCUCAGUUUAAAUUAAAAACUCAAGCAGCCAUUGACAGGAUUAAAGACUUACAAAAUGAUGGCAUUUUAACAGGUGUUAUUGAUGACAGAGGAAAAUUUAUUUAUGUUUCUGUGCAAGAGAUGGAAGCUGUUGCUAAAUUCAUUAGGCAAAGAGGAAGAGUUUCUAUUACCGAACUGGCAGAGAAUAGUAAUACAUUAAUUAAUUUUACACCUAGUGCAGUUGUAAAUUAAAUAUACAAUAAUAAAAACUUAGUAUUAUAAAUAUCACCGACUCAUAA